AAAAAGAAAAGAGUGGGAAACGGUUAUUGGUUUGGCAGGCUGAGCUGAGGUCGAAAGGGUGGGGUUGACUGAAUGAAAAUUAGUAGUGGCAACCAUAAGAAGGUCAAGUGGGUUCGGAGCUCCAAAGUUUCAGCAAUGGCCAAGAAGCGAAGCACAAGACUCACCUUAUUCUUCAUCACCUUCCUUUCUCUUGUAGCCUUCGGUAUCUUUGUCCCUGUCUUUGCUCUCCUCCCUCCUCUUUCUUCUCACUCCACUCAUCAUCCUACCCCUAUAAAGGUUAGUGCUAGAAAAUUCGAAAUUUCUGAUGACAAAUUCUGGAAAGAUGGUCAGGCAUUCCAGAUCAUCGGUGGAGACGUGCACUAUUUUCGAGUUCUUCCAGAGUAUUGGGAUGAUAGGUUGUUGAGAGCAAAGGCUCUGGGUCUGAAUACUAUUCAAACUUAUGUCCCUUGGAAUCUCCAUGAACCAAAGCCUGGAGCUUUUAAUUUUGAUGGUAUUGCAGAUUUAGUAUCAUAUUUUAAACACUGCCAGAAGCAAGGUUUCCUUGUUAUGCUUCGGCCUGGACCAUACAUAUGUGCAGAGUGGGAUUUAGGGGGUUUUCCUCCUUGGUUACUAGACAUAAAGCCAGCUCUCACACUAAGAUCAUCGGAUCCUGCUUACCUGAAAUUGGUUGAAAGAUGGUGGGGAGCACUACUUCCAAAGAUAGCUCCAUAUCUUUACAAGAAUGGAGGUCCUGUUAUAAUGGUCCAGGUUGAAAAUGAAUUUGGUUCAUAUGGAAAUGACAAGGCUUAUCUUCAUCACCUAGUCAGAUUGGCAAAAUAUCACCUUGGAGAUGAUAUAAUUUUGUAUACUACAGAUGGAGGCACUAGGGAAGCACUCGAGAAAGGAACAAUUCGUGGAGAUGCUGUCUUUUCAGCUGUUGACUUCUCCACUGGUAAUAACCCUUGGCCCAUAUUUGACUUACAAAAGAAGUUCAAUGCACCUGGGAAAUCACCACCACUUUCUGCGGAGUUCUACACAGGUUGGCUUACACACUGGGGUGAGAAGAUUGCACAGACUGAUGCUAAUUUUACAGCAUCUGCCUUGGAAACGAUUUUGAGAAGGAAUGGUUCUGCUGUUCUUUAUAUGGCACACGGUGGAACAAACUUUGGAUUUUACAAUGGAGCAAACACUGGAUCAGAUGAGUCUGAUUACAAGGCUGAUCUUACUUCCUAUGACUAUGAUGCACCCAUUAGGGAGACGGGGGACAUAAACAACGCAAAAUUCAAAGCUUUGCGAAGAGUUAUAGAGAAAUAUGCUGCACAAUCUCUUCCACCAGUUCCACCUGAUAAUGAAAAGAUAGGAUAUGGAUCCAUUCACUUAACAAAGGCAGGGAAUUUACUUGAUAUGCUUCAUCAGUUUGAUGUAGUUGAAUCCGAAAAUCCAAUGCCAAUGAAUUCUGUUGGCCAGAUGUUUGGCUUCUUGCUAUAUGUAACUGAAUAUGCUGCAAAGGACAACGACGAUGGUAGAAUUCUGUCUAUACCAAAGGUGCAUGACAGAGCUCAGGUGCUUAUAUCUUGCUCUUCUGGACGUAAUGCUGGAAUAAGACCAACAUUUGUUGGUACAAUUGAAAGAUGGUCAACUCGAAGACUAUACCUUCCUAGUACUAAUUGUGUGUCCAGCAUCAGCUUAUUUAUAUUGGUAGAAAACAUGGGUCGUCUAAAUUAUGGGUCAUACAUAUUCGAUAGGAAGGGAAUUUUAUCUCCUGUUUACCUAGAUGGGAGUAUUCUCAGCAAAUGGAAAAUGUACAAAAUUCCUAUUGCCAACCUUAAUGAGAUUCCAGAAAACAAUCCCAUUAAUCAGGCUUCUUAUUCUAGAGGUUUUGAUAUUUCUGCUCGCAAAAAGUUGAAGGAAAAGCACGUGAUUGUUUCAAAAGAACCAGCAUUUUAUGCUGGUCACUUCCAUAUCGACAAUGAAUCCCAAAUAAAAGAUACAUUCAUAUCAUUCAAUGGUUGGGGUAAAGGAAUUGCAAUAGUUAACAAUUUCAAUGUUGGAAGGUUUUGGCCGUCAGUGGGACCACAGUGCAACCUCUAUGUGCCUGCUCCACUCCUUAAGCCUGGGGAAAAUGUUGUGAUGAUAUUUGAGUUGGAAGAUCCAAACCCAGAACUCGUGGUUAGCUUUGUUGACCAGCCAGACUUCACAUGUGGUUCAAGUAAACAACACUUCCAUCAUUAGCUUUAGUACCAGUACUUCCUAUGAGAUGUUCUUUACCCUGCUAAAUACAAGGCAAGCUAGAGUUCAGAAAGAGAAUUGCGUUUGCAAUUUCGAUUGUAAUGCCCUGGAGAAGUACUCAAAGGAAACGAAUAUAAUUACGAAGAAAUGAAAGAAAAAGGAAUGACUAUAAAUGAUACCAUAAAAUAUAAUGAAAUUUUGGUGAACAUGAAAUCUUAUUUUCCUGAGAA